AUGGAUAAAAGGAAACUGUCUACAGCCGGGGAUAGCCUUUAUCAAAUACUGCAAGUCCCGAAAACUGCAACCGCAGACGAUGUCAAGAAGAGCUAUCGGAAAUUAGCACUAAAAUACCAUCCUGAUAAAAAUCCUAACAAUCCUGAAGCUUCUGAGAAAUUUAAAGAAGUAAACCGAGCACAUACAAUACUAAGUGAUGCUACGAAAAGGAAUAUAUACGAUAAUUAUGGUUCUCUUGGACUUUAUAUCUCUGAGCAAUUUGGAGAGGAAAACGUCAACGCCUAUUUCGUAGUAACAAGUACUUGGUGCAAGGCUUUGUUUAUCGUAUGCGGUAUUUUGACCGGAUGCUAUUUCUGCUGCUGUCUUUGCUGUUGUUGUAAUUGUUGCUGCGGUAAGUGCAAGCCGCGUCCUCCCGAAGAGUCUGGUGACUAUCACACGUUGGAGCGAGAUGAUUCAGACGGCGUGCAAGCCGUAACCGUGCAGCCGGGCGGAGAAGGCCGACCGAAGGGCGAACAAGCACCCCCAAUUGCCAUGCCGGCGCCACCGCCUCCUACCGGUGCCUCAGAGAACACAGGUCUCAACACAGGAACCAGUAUUCCAAAAUACACAUGA